CAAACGUGCUCACCAUCCAGACUGGUUCUGCUGCAGUGCCUUACAAGAACAACAUUUCCCAGAAUGCUUUUUGGUGUCUUCAGUGUGCGUCAGUAGUGCGACGAAAAUCUAUUGCUAAACAAACCAAACACGGAUGUUAUAAAAUAAUGGAGUUGGAACAGCAAAAAGAAGACUGUGCUCCAGCCCAGCCAACACCCACAUCUCCGUCUCAGUCAAAGAGGCCAAGUCAGGCUCUGUACGCCCCCAAGCAACGACUUCAUGGCUCCAAAGACAAAGCUCAGACUCAGGGAGAAGUUAAACCAAGACCCAGGCCUCGCUACACAGACAAGGCAAGGAAAAACGCCAAGAACAAGAAGGACAAGACUGCAGCAGCAGAUAAGGGAGCACCUGCUGGAGGAGAAGAUGGAGGUGAGAUACAGAAUGGUGACAGCAAGCCUGACAUAAAGGAAAAGCAGUUACAGGAUACAGAUGUGCAGGUUAAUGGGCACCCUGAUUCAGCCAGUGUGGAGAUGCUAGCAGAUGCUACCUCAUCUCUGGAAGCAACAUCUCUUCAGGAAGAAAAGGUGGAAGAGGAGAGUUGGGACACCUUGUUCAAUGAUGAUGGAGAUUGUCUGGAUCCACACCUGCUUGAAGAGGAAGGUAGAAAGAAGGGCUCAAUCCAGCAGCCCAGGUUUGAUUACUACAACAUGGACCGAGAUGAUAAUGAUGAUGAAGAUGACGACAUCGACCUCAGUGAGGACGAACUUUCUCACAUUGUGGAGAUCUACGACUUCCCUGCAGAGUUUAAGACAGAGGACCUUCUCAAGUUAUUUCAGUGCUACCAACAGAGAGGCUUUGACAUCAAGUGGAUUGAUGACUCACAAGCCCUGGGUCUCUUCUCAAGCCCCAUAGCAGCCCGUGAAGCUCUAAGAUCCAAACAUCCACUGAUGAAGUUGCGACCUCUCUCCAAAUCCUCCCCUGCUACAAAGGCCAAAGCCCGUAGCUGCUCAGACUACCUCCUUCCUGCUAAAGAGAGACCUCAGACGAGUGCAGCGCUGGCUCGCAAGCUUGUGAUCGGUGCCCUCGGUGUAAAGAGCAACCUGACAAAGGAGCAGCGCGAGGCAGAGAGGAAGAAACUCGAGCAAGCGAGAGAACAAAAGCGCCUGGCAGCCAAACAGAAGGAAGAUGCUUGGGACGGGAAGUGACCGCACAGAAAACUACUCCCCCCCCGUCUGUUUAGAUUCCUUGAUUCAGCAGAGGCUAAAGAAAAGCAAAAGUCUGUUUCUUCUCCUGCUGUUUUUUUUUCUUCAACUGGCCACUCCUUCCUACCACCACACUUCCCAAAAAUGGCUUCCCACCAUUUUUUCCUUCUUUCUGCCGCAGUCCUUCACCAACUGUUACUGAAUGUCUCAUAAUCCACUGUCCGAUUGCCUGCAGUGCAGAUGACAGCGUCCCGCUACUCUUCCCUCGCCUUUUAUGUUCAUACUUUGUCCAUGCAGGGACUGUUUCCUCUGUGCCAUGUCCAGGGCUAACACAACCGACCUUUCAUAUUUCUUAACAUUGUAACCACAGUCUGUAGCGAAGCACUGAGUCUGAUCUUUUGUAAAGGGUAACUAAUGCUUCAAAAGAAUUAUUUUUUUAAUAGAGUUUGUCUUUUUUUUUUUUUAUGUUUUUAAAAAUGACCCAUGAAAAUCCUCCUGUAAAUGUGAGGGCAGCAAAUCUUUCUGUUAAAGAAUCCGUAAUAUUAAAUUCAGUCAUAAUGAUACAGUACAUCAUUAUACUGUAUGUGAAGACAUUGUUGAGAUUAGACUAUGUUUUAGAGGUUGAAUUAAAAGUUGUCAUUUUCCCAAAAUGCAGCAUAUUUUACAGUCAAUUUGAUGCUCACUUUUAUCAAAGUUGGCCCUGUGAGCUCGUCUUAUUAAACAUUUUCUGAGAAGUAAAAAGCCCGCAGAGAAGCUGCUGCUGUUCUGGUCUGUCUGUUUAAAACCUAAAGGAGAAUGUAUUUUGUGUUGUGAGCUCAUCUGUACACAUUUUCAAUGAGAGGAGUCUUGUUGUCCAAGCAGUACUGAUGAUGAUGAUGAUGAUAAUGAUGAUAAGGUUGUCAUUUAUUCUGAAGAACAAAAUUCAACCAAAUAAGCUUUUAGUUGACAGACAUAUUUUGUCUUCAUCUCACUAGGGAGAAAAGAUGUUGUGAACACUGAGACUUUGGAGUCCUACCAUGUCCAUGUUCUAAAACAACCACACUAUUGUGUCCGUCCAGUAAUGGAGGCAACAAUUUAUCCUUUUCAAGACAUCGUGAAUACCAUACAUUUUACCCGGUGAUAGUACAUUAGAAAACUACAUGUUUCUGUUUUUCUUUUUUCCUGUAAAGUUGAGAUUUUGGACGUGUUAAAAAAAAAAAAAAAAGAUUUUACUAGCAACAGACGAUGCUUAUUGAAUUAAAUGUUUAACCUCAACCUCAGUUUCCUAAUUCAUAGUCAGCUUUCAUAAUUUAGCUUCCUGAAACACACACAUCCAGGCCCAGGAGACUUUUGCUUUUCAGACGCCUCCUCUGAGGCUUCACCCAUCCAACAACAGACCAUGUGGCACCGUCUCCUUCACCUCCUCAGCCAAUAAUUAAGUCUCAUUCUCCCAGCUUGGAGAAAGAGUUGCAAAUUUGUCAUUUGUUUUACUGCUAAUUAAACUUCAAACUAAAAUUUGCUGUUAACUUUUGGCCUCACUAGCUGCUAGCUGUUAGUGGAUAUGAAAACAUAAUAAUACAACAGAUUGUUGGGUACAUACAUGUUUGAAAAGGGGAUCAUUCAUGUUAAAACAUGUUGCCGGCAGACAUCAUUUAAUUAGGUUAAUCAGACUUUGUGUGAAAUUCAACUCUACCACUAAUAUAUAUCCAAAUCAGUGCAGUACAUUACUGUUGUAAGGAACCCAGUUUGUAUAACUGUUUUAGAUAAUUGGUUGAGGACGACUGAGACGCAGUGCCACGUGGCUCAUAGUGGGCUAAUUAAAGUGCUGCAGCCUCAGAGGAGGCACCAUUACAUGUACAGUUUGUGUGUUCAUUUUAAAUCAGUAGUUCACAAUGAGCUUGACAAAUUCAUAUUCAUGCUAUUCAAAUACAAUCUCUGCAGGUAAUUAGGAGUGAUUUGUUUAUGUUGUUGGCAGUACAUCAUACAUACUAGUUAGAUACAUUGUUAAGGUUGAUGAAAAUGCGUUUGACAGCAUGUGUUUUAAGUGUUUUUUAUGGACACAAGGGCAGGACAUAAAGCAGGGAAUAUCAGUUAGUGAGAGAAAUACUAUUUCAUUUAAUUUAACAGGGAGGUAUUAAAAACAACAAUGUUAGAAUUAUAUGUUACAGUUUUUAUUUAUGCCUGUUGUUAGACCAUUAUGUAAAGUUUUCCAGGAAGUGAAAGUAAUGAAAUAUAAAAGUAAAUAUGCCAAGAUGACAAAGAAAUUAUUUAUUUUGUUGUGAUUUUUACUAUUUACUUCUUUACGUCCAUGACAUUGAACUAAAUGAUCGUGUGAUUUGACUCACUCUCAUGCUCAUUCAUUUAACUUUAUGCAUAUCACUGUUAAGAAUUUGAAAACAAAAAGGCUGGGAAAGUCAACAACAAAAAGAUGAUGCAUCUAUUCAUUUUGUUUUGUUUCUUAGUUCUGUUUUUUUGUUGUAUGACUGAUCACCGAAAUGUGUUUUGAAGACAAAAAAAAAGGUCACAAAAUAAACUGUAUGUUGAUUUGUCGUCACUUCA